AUGGACGAUUUCUUGAUCAAAUUCUUCCCGCGUGUUCACGAGAGGAAGCUUCACGCCAAGGAGAAUAACUACUGCAAGUACGAUGAUCAGUUGCUUCAGCUAUUCACCUCUUCCUUGUAUCUCGCCGCGCUUGUCUCCAGCUUUUUCGCUUCAAAGGCCUGCACCGUUUUCGGCCGAAAGCCCACCAUCAUGCUCGCGUCAAUCUUCUUUCUCGCCGGAGCCGGAAUCAGUGCCGGCGCUGAGCACAACUGGAUGCUCAUCCUUGGUCGGCUUCUCUUCGGCAUGGGAGUCGGAUUCGGUAACGAGGUCAGUUCUAAUUGA